AUGUCGCUCACGCGCUUCACGCCCGCCACUGCCGAGCUUCGAGAACCGGCCUCCCCUUCCCCGCCUCCUGAAGAUCGCGAUUCCCAGCCCCCGUGUCAUAAGCGGCUCCGUCUUGAGGAGCCUGGCGGUGUCUCUGAUGCGGGGUGGAGACUGCCUUCGGUGCCUCGCUUGUCUGAGGUGGAAAAAGAAUGGGACUUGCCGCCCAGGCCCCUCAAGGCGCUGCUUGUAGCAGCUGACAUGAUUUUCGAUAACUCCACAGACUUUCGUGUGGAGAAAUCAGCUAGUGGGAAGCAAAUGAGCGAUCUGGGAUGCCAAAAGAGCAAAUUCGAGAUGAGAAGUUGUUGGCAGUCUUCCCCCUCACAAAGAUUUGAGUCUGGUGUGAGGGGUUCCGGCAGGUCUCCUGAAUCAGGGCUAUAUGACAAGGACGCUUUCAGUGUGCCCCGCAGUGACAGAUCCCAAGCUACGGUUGGUCAGCUUCUGCCCACCGUCUGGAUAGAUGGCGUACAAGGAGUUAAAAACGAGGAUGGAAAACAAUAUAUAGUCCAAGAGAUACACCAUAGUUGUAAAGACAAUAGUUACAGAAAACAGACAGAAUAUCUAUUGUUGGAUGUUACCUUUUACAAGGAAACUAAACCAACAUUUCAUGAAAUUAAGAACAGAUAUAAAGCUGACAGUGUUAUGCCAUCAAAUAAAAAAGAAAAUAACAUUUCAGCAUCUAGGCUAAAAUUAUCAAAAUCUCACAACCAGCCCAGCAUGAAAAUCGCCAAACGCAGCUAUUUUAGAGAGAGCAGCACAAUACGAAUCCCUGAGUUUCCAACCGAUUUAAAGAGCAGAAUGUCCCCUGUCUAUUUAAAGGAAUUAGCAAAGAAAAAGAAUGACAAAAAUGAGACAUAUGUUAGGGAUUUCGCAAACAUGUACUGCUCCCAAAAUAGAGUGAAUGUCAAGAAGCAAAACUUACUGGAUGAUAAAAAAAUUGUGGAUGCAGAAAAUAUUUUUUCUGAGGGUUAUGAAAGUAACCACCAAUCAGUCAGCAACCAAAAUAUUUGUGUGACAGAAAAUAACUUGACCAGUUUACUCCACUAUAAGCACAGUAGUAUCAAGUCUGAUAAAAGAGACCCUAAUAAAAGUUUUACUAUAAAACUACAAAAUUCAAUUUGGAAGGAGGCAGGAACAUGUCCAGACAGUUACACGUCUACCAGAUUAGAAAAAUCUCAAAGCUGGGACUAUUAUGUUAGACACAUAUUGAGAAAAAAUAGGGGAAACAGUUGGAUUAUACAUAAUUACAAAACUAAAUGUGAUAGUAUGAAAAGAACUGGAGAAAAAUUGAAUUUGCUACAAUUAUCAGAAAUAAGUGUUUUAAGCAAAGAAGGUUAUUAUAGUACAAAAACCAUGACUACACGUGAAGAACAACCAAAGCUUCUCAUGAUAGGAACACUGGGUAGACAAAAAGCUUUAAUAAAUUUUUUUUUGUUAAAUGGUGAAGAAAACAAUAAUAUACUGCACUUGCAAUAUUAUACUACGCAAAAAGACUUUUAUUUAAGCAAUACUUUUGAGAAUUUCAUUACAGAAAGUUUUUAUUUCCAAAAAAGCAUUUCAGAAGAUGAAGAAGAUAAUAAUAUUUUAGCUUGGCCUAAAAUUUUGAAGUGUCUAAAGCAAAAUCUAAUAAUUAGGAAUAUAAAUGUCAAUAGAAAAAAUAACAUUUUAUGCAUAUAUUUACAAACCAGUGUUUCAAAACCUCUGCCUAGCAUAUUGAAAACCAACAUAGCUUCUCUGCUCAAUAACUUUGACUCUUUAACUGGAACUGAAAAUGAUUCUAAAUUAGAAGAGGGAUGCAUUUUCAAUUGGAUAAGAUGUUUGAAUUCUUCAAAAAAUAUUAUAGUGGACAAUCAUAUUGUAUACCUAGGAAAGACUUUAAAUUUAAGACCAUUAGGAGAUAAUAUGAAACCUAUGUUAGAGGAAAAUAAGCUAUUUAAAACUGGACAACUUUUCGAAGUAUCAAAGAAAAUACCCAUCAAUUCCUUUAGUAUGACAACUAAAAAUAUAGUUUUAAUGGACUUAGAUGACAUGGCUGCAAUUUCUUUGACAAAAGAAAUUAGUUACAAGAGUGAGACUUAUCCUGAACAAGUCAUGAAUAUGAAAAGUUGGGCUCACUGUACUACUAAUACUGUGAAAAUAUGCUUUAAGCCUCUUCCUCAAUGCCUACAGAACAACUAUGAAUAUAUUAAUGAAAAAUUUUAUGAAAUACAUAUGUACGAACAAGAUUUAGACACUGAAAGAAAACAAGAGCAUAAUAAGAUCAGUAGCUUUAAUUUUAAGUACAAAUUUGAAGAUUUCUUCAAUGUUAGGCCACAAGUCAUACUGACAAGCCACUAUAUAAAACAUAUUGAACAAACCAAUCUCACAGUUGUAACUCAGGUGCGAAAUUUUGGGAGCUUGCUAAGAAGUGAAACUGAAGCAAAAGAACAUGCCUUAAUUUUGAAGGAAGAAGAAAAAGUCACAACACAAAGUUUAACAUACAGUUGCCAAGUUCAUAAAGAUACUAAGAUUGAAAAAGAGAAAAAUAUUUUUUAUUCAGUGGAUGACAUGUUUUCUGUGCAACCAGUUUCCGUAAUGAAUAAGACAGUAAAUGUGGAAGGAAGUAAAUAUGUUAAUCAAAAUAAUCUGGCUGACAGAAAUGAGAAUGUUUUGCAAGAAAGUGAGUUAGCUAAUUCAAAGCAUUUUCAUCCAAGGAAUGGCUCUACAGGAUGUGUUAAACAUCAAUUUGAAAUUGAUCUGAGUAUAAGGAACACUGAAUGUUUUCAGGACUUAACUGCAAAGUGUUUAUCAACAACAGACACUAUGACAAUAGGCAAAGACUUUGCCAUGAAGAGUAAAUUUGAUUUAGUACUUGAAGAACUUCGUAUGUUUCAUGAGAUCAGUAAGGAAAAUGAAAUUAUAAGCAUUGUGGAAACAAACAAUGCACAAGGCAAUUACUUUAGAGAAAAUAAUGAUGUUGAAGAGAUAAAAACAAAGACACAAAAAGAUUUGGAAAUGAAUCCAGUCAACAAAAUAUGUGCAUCUUCUUUGAUCUGUGAUACUAAAGCAGGUCCUAAUACUCGUAAAAGACACCACCGUUUAUUUAAAUGGGAAACAGUACCCAGAAAUAAAAAAUGGGAAGUUCCUAAUAAAUAUUGUGCUUUAAGAACAUCAGAGGAAGAAGUUCUCUGUUCUACUUCUGAGAAAGAUUGUGAGGAGCCUUCAUCUAAAAGACCUGCUUUUUUCUCAGAUGAAUUUAAGGAAGAAAAAAUUAAUUAUUUAGUAAAAGGAGGUAGUAAUUUUUCACACGGAAUUUCAAGAGUGCUACCUCUUAAGACAUGCAGUCGACCGAUCAGAGUUGGUUUGUCAAGAAAAGCUAAGCUUAAACAACUUCAUUCCUAUCUAAAGUAA